CUAGCUUCCAAGAUGGCGCCGGGCGGGCGGCUGUGAGCGGCGCUCCGGGCGCGCUGGGCGGGGAGCCGGGCCGGCGGCGGCGGCGGCGGGAGGACAGGGUGGCGCGGGCCGGGCGCCGAGGACGGAAAAGAGCCGCAAGCAGGGCCGGCCGGCUGGCGGGCGGGACGCCGCCGCCGACGCACAGAAGGUGACCGGGCAUUGAUGCACCCCCAAGGGAGGCCACGCGCUCAAGGAGGCUGCCCCUGCUCGCUGCUGCUCACAUGGUUUCUGGGCCCCUGGCACUCCGGUGGUACGCGUGGGCAGGGCGCGGGGACAUGGGGCCUGACAUGGAGCUGCCCAGCCAUUCGAAGCAGCUCCUGCUGCAGCUGAACCAGCAGAGGACGAAGGGCUUCCUGUGUGACGUCAUCAUUAUGGUGGAGAACUCCAUCUUCCGGGCCCACAAGAACGUCCUGGCCGCCAGCAGCAUCUACUUCAAGUCCCUGGUCCUGCACGACAACCUCAUCAACCUGGACACGGACAUGGUCAGCUCCACGGUGUUCCAGCAGAUCCUGGACUUUAUCUACACGGGCAAGCUGCUGCCCAGCGACCAGCCCGCGGAGCCCAACUUCAGCACUCUCCUCACGGCCGCCAGCUACCUCCAGCUGCCUGAGUUGGCAGCCCUCUGCCGUCGGAAGCUCAAGCGAGCCGGCAAGCCUUUCGGCUCUGGACGGGUGGGGGCUGCUGGCAUGGGGCGGCCCCCCCGCAGCCAGCGGCUGUCCACGGCUUCUGUCAUCCAGGCUCGGUAUCCAGGGCUCAUGGAUGGGCGCCAGGGGGCCCACACCCCCCAGGAGCUCCCCCAGGCCAAAGGCUCAGAUGAUGAGCUCUUCCUCGGCAGCUCCAAUCCGGAGAGUGCGCACAGCCUGGGCCGGGCCGUCUGUCCGGCCAGCGGGGAGGCCGGCCUGGGCAGCUGCAGCACCAAUGGGAGCAGUGGGGGCUGCGAGCAGGAGCUGGGCCUGGACCUGUCCAAGAAGAGUCCGCCCUUGCCCCCCGCCACUCCUGUUCCCCCCCUCACCCCGGAUGAUCCCGCCCAGCUGAGUGACAGUCAGCACGGCUCCCCCCUCUCGGCCUCAGCUCCUCCCGUUGCCAACAGUGCCUCUUACGCCGACCUGGGGGGUACCCCUGGCGAGCCCAUGGAUUUGGAGGGGCCCGAGGACAACCACCUGAGCCUGCUGGAGGGGCCUGGCGGGCAGCCCCGCAAGAGACUCCGGCACUCGGCCCGCAAGAAGGAGUGGAGCCAGAAGGAGCCCGUGGCGGGGUCCCCCUUUGAGCGGAGGGAAGCGGGGCCCCAGGGCUCCUGCCCAGGGGAGGAGAGUGAAGGCCCCGGGGACAGGGUUCCCAACGGCAUCCUGGCCGGCGGCGUGGCCGGGGGCGGCCCCAGCGGGCCCUACAGGGAGCCCCCGUACCCCUGCAAAGAGGAGGAAGAGAACGGCAAGGACGCGAGCGAGGAGAGCGGGCAGAGCGAGAGCGAGGGGGGCGGCGGCCACGCCAGCGCCCACUACAUGUACCGGCAGGAAGGCUACGAGACCGUGUCCUACGGGGACAACCUGUACGUGUGCAUCCCCUGCGCCAAGGGCUUCCCCAGCUCCGAGCAGCUCAACGCCCACGUGGAGACGCACACGGAGGAGGAGCUGUUCAUCAAGGAGGAGGGCGCCUACGAGACGGGCAGCGGGGGAGCCGAGGAGGAGGCGGAGGACCUGUCGGCGCCCAGCGCGGCCUACGCGGCCGAGCCCCGGCCCUUCAAGUGCUCCGUGUGCGAGAAGACCUACAAGGACCCGGCCACGCUGCGGCAGCACGAGAAGACGCACUGGCUGACGCGGCCCUUCCCCUGCAACAUCUGCGGCAAGAUGUUCACGCAGCGCGGCACCAUGACGCGCCACAUGCGCAGCCACCUGGGCCUCAAGCCCUUCGCCUGCGACGAGUGCGGCAUGCGCUUCACCCGCCAGUACCGCCUCACCGAGCACAUGCGCGUGCACUCGGGCGAGAAGCCCUACGAGUGCCAGCUCUGCGGCGGCAAGUUCACGCAGCAGCGCAACCUCAUCAGCCACCUGCGCAUGCACACCUCCCCCACCUAGAAGCCAAAGACCUUCUCCAGCCCGGGGCGCCCUGCAGACCCGCCUCCUGCAGGCCCGCCCCGGGAACGAUGGGAGAAAGAAGUAAGGAGGCCCAGGGGCCAGGCCCGGACCCCAAUCCUAAAGGGGGUGGCUCCUGGUGACACCUCUAGCCGGCCCCCCACCCCCCUACCCAGAGCUUUAAUCCACAGUCUGUACCAAGGGAAGAGAGCAGAAGGAGGCCGGGUCCCGGGCCCCAAAGGUAUUGUGGGUGUGCAGUCUACCUCCAGAUCCCGCCCAGGCCCCUGCCCCUCCCCCAGGGCUGCCGCAGGGCCUGUGGGAGUGGGUCACGGGUCGUCCUCGGCCUUUUUGUACAGGUCAGGUCUGAGCAGGGGGAGUGGGGACCUCCCUCUGCUGGAGGGUCAGGGCUGCCUGUGUCCCUGUGCGCAGGAGUGCUAGUCUGUGUGGGCCGCCUUGGCUCUGAGGGGAGCAGUGCUGGAUGGGAGGCGAUGGAGGCCCCCCCCCUCGAGCCAGGGGGCCCUCACCGCCUACCUCUCCACAACUAAAGAGCCCUCUGGGCCGGGGUUGCUGUUAUUCCUACUGAUCUGUUCCUUUUUUCUUUGUGAAUUUUGUUUUUUAAAACCAAAACCAACAAGAGUUUAUUUUCCUCCUGGCCCCUCGGGGCUGAGCCUGGGUCUGCAGACUGAAUGUAUGGGGCGCCGCCCCUCCCGCCUGGCUGCAGGCCUCGGGGCGCCACCCCUCCGGCCCCAGAAGCCCUUCCUGGCCAAAGGCUUCCCUGGGCCCCAGCCGCCUUGGCUGCCUCAGGAGAGAGAGUGCUUUUCCUAUAGUUUCCGAGGAAUCUUUGUUUAGAGGUACUUGUUUUUUAUUAAGAGAAAGACCAGUGUAACGUUUAUGUGAAUGUUUGAACUGGAAGGUCUGGGGUUCGAGGGGGGAGGGGGGAGGCUGGACCGGGUGCUAGGGCCGCCGGUACUCGUUUUCCUUUGCUUUGUGUGCGUGGUGUGCGCAGUGCGUGUGGACAGACGUCGCGCUUUCCUUCUUCCUUUCCUGUCCUGUCAGGUGGAGAGACUUCUGACCUUUUGCUACCUCUUGAAACACGGAGAGCAGUAAGCUGGUGGCUGGCAGCGGAGACAGGGACACUUGUUUUCCUCUUGUUGUUGCACCACGACCUCCACAUGCACAGCCCGGGGCCGCCACGCAGCACCUCCGCGAGGCUCCUGCCGCUCCCCAGGCUGCUGGUGUGGGGUGUCUCCCGGGCACAGGGCUGGCCUGAGUGGCCGCUGAGCCCGGGAGCCACACAGCUCCUCCGGUCUGGGCCCAGGCGAGGGCGCGAGUGCUCCUGCGCCAGGGGAGCCAGGUGUUGGGCAUCGGGGCGAUGGGCGCCAGCUCUUUCUGCUCCAUCCUGUUCCCUGGGCCUGAGAGAGCGUGAGCUGGGGAAGGAGCAGUGUCAGCCAGCGUGGAGGCGUGGGGAGGGCUGACCAAAGCGAUGUGUUCCCCCCGGGGGACAGGACGGGAACUGGCCCGCUGCCACUCCAUCUCGGGGCUGGCUACCACCCAUUGGCCCAGCCCUGUCUGGUGUCACCCCUCGCCCCUCACUGGGCUUUCUCCUCCAGCCUCAGCACCUCCAUGGGCCAGGCCAACGUGCCGAAGUUGGCUCCACUGUCCUCUGCCGACCCGAACCACAGGGCUGAGCCGGUGGCUUUGUCUUCUUCAUUUUGCUUCAUGCUUGUGCUUUUUUUCCUCUUCUUUUUUUCUUUCUAUUUUAAGUUCAGACCAAAAAAUUCCGGAGUCAUCCUUACCCCUAACCCUUCCAGAGGCCCUCCAGUGAAAACAGAGCCUGAGUUCAGGGACCCCAGUGGUGAGUGGUGUGUUUGGGAUGGAGGGCUCCUGGGUGCGCCCUCGGGCAGUGCCCGCAGCCCUGAGCCAGGGAAACAGGCUGUGCCCAGGGUUUGGCUCCAGCCGGUCAGUGAGGGGCAGGACCUGCCUCAGGCCCCUUUGCUCUCUGACCCCACCCCACCCGUCAGCACUUAAGCCACACGACACAAAGUCUGUACUGCUGGGGAGUGGCGCACGCCGGCCUGUGGGUGGCCUCCCUGCCGCGGAGCCACAGACGUGAGGUGCCUCGGGAAAGUAGGCCAUUCGUUUGCAGAGCUUCAGGGACUGGGCGCCGAGGCCCCUCACUCGGCAACGUCUGUGCGACAUAGUAUUGUACCCACCUGAGUAUUGUUCCGAGCCUUCUCUGUAUUUUAGCAAGAAAGCAAAACACUAGUUUCCUGAUUAAGGUUUUAAGGGUUUGUGGGGCAGGGUGGACUGACACACACUUGGUUUUGUUUUCUUUUUCCUUCGAGUUCACGUGGCGUGUGCCUGUGAGUGUGCGUGGAAAUGUGUUAGGAGCCUCACAAGGAAAUCAGGCCAUGGAGGCCCCGGGCGGCUUACAGUUCUCUGCUUUAGUCACUUAAUUCUUGAAUGUUUUGGAGAAACAGGAAACAGAAAAUAGCAGUUGUCAUGUAGGAAAGAGGAAAAACAACAACAAAAAGAAAAAAGAAAAAAGAAAAAAAAAAAAAGCUCAUACCCAAAUUCACAAAACCUAUUUUUUAAACCAAAGCACAUUUUGAAUGAGUAUGGAACCUCAGCAGGCUCAGAAAAAAGAUGCUAAUAUAUUUAUCUCAUUGUUUACAUAAACUUUUACAGUUUCAGACCUCAGCAGCUGGAAGGCCAGUCCCAGUGAGUCCUCACCUCUGGAGGCCCCUCCAGGUCGCCCAGGUAGAGCCCCCUGCAGAGGGCACCUCGGGGGCGGGCAGUUCACCUGAGCCUUCUUUCCCAGCCCCGCCUCCAAGCCCAGCUGGCACCAAAGAGCUUGGGCCAGUGCUGACUGGACCCCGGCCUUCUGGCCACGCCGGCCAGCUGGCACCGCGGGGUGCUGUUGGCUCUGACCACAAGACCGAGGCUGGGCUUGGGCCUGGGAUGGCGGUGAGCCCACCUCUGCUCUGCCUGAGAUCCUGGGGUGGGUUGAUGUGAGGGUCCCUUUCAAGCCAAAAAGCCAGGACCUUUGCACAUCCAUUGAUUCUGGCUGGUCCCGGUCCCUGGGGACCCACCCCACCACCGCCACCACCACCAGUGGCAGGAGGGGCUUACUGGGCUGGUCCUUACCAACACAGACGGUGCAGACACUCUGAACAGUGUUGUUUUUGUAUCAAUAUGUUUGUGCAGUAAUGAAUGUAUUUAUUUCUCAGACUUGGGGCGAGCGAGAGGCAGCCCGGGCUCUGCCGCCGCACGCCCCUGCCAGACCGAGCCACUGCAGGGGCUCGUCCAGGGUUGCAAAACAAAGACGAACCUUUAAGCAAAUAAAAAUCUCAGAGACUCGCAGCAUAGCCAUACACCUCAGCCUGUGAACGAGCAAUCCGGACCCAGACGGCUUUCAGAACCGCUCGCAGCCAUGCGCGUGCUUCCUGUUAGUCACCACUCGGGGCCGGGCUGCCCCCGCCCCCACCCCAUCAGUAUUCACUGGACUUGACCGAGUGCAGGAGUGCGAUCUGGGCUGGCUGGCUGGCUGGGCAGGCAGACCCCAGCCGCCAUCCCUGCAACCGUCCUGAGCUGGGGUGAGGCCUGGGCAGCCGGAAGGGCAGGGCUCAGGGAAGAGGUCACUGUAUCCGUCCUGUCCCCCGACUUGGAGGACAAAAGCAGAGGCGCCAGGUCUCCGGCGAACAAACAAGGGAUCUCCGCUCUGCCCCUGAGGGACCAAGGCCUUGCUCUUCCCCAGAGCCAUGUUGGGGCAGGUGCUAUUGAACCUGUGAAUCCGAUGCCAGGAGAGGGGAUGGAGAGGGAACUAACCAGAGCCUCAGUCUGACAUUCCAAACGAGGGGGUGGGUGUGCACUGUGGGAAUUGAGGCUGCCCAGUACCCCCCAGCUUCAGUCACCCCACUUUUUCUACCAGGAUCUCCUCCCCCUACCUCACCUUGCUAUUUAUUGCUGUAAUUUAUUGACCUCAGAAAUGCUGCAUAACAGACCUCACUUGGGACAGGGAGGCUCUCCAGGCCUCCCCCUCCACUUGGCGGGGCCCUGUGGGGCCAGGUGCUGAGGGGAGCCUCUCUGUACCCACCCAUCACUUGCUUUCCCCUUCCCCCCUUGGGGGACCCCAGGUUGGGCACUGGCCCAUUCAUAAAUACCUCGAGGGGGAGGGAGAGGGAUGGGGUUAUAGCUGUUUUGUUUAAUUGGAACUGGAAGAGGGAUCAUGUCCUUACGUUAUGUCCUUCCCAGAAAGGGGGAGGGACACCGUGAUCGCACUCCUGUACUGGCCACCGCCGCUGUCAGUCAUCAUGUUCACUUCCCUCGAGAGUUUGGAUAAAUUCAGGUCAGAGCUGCAAGUUCGCAGCCCUCACAUGUCAUAGAAAAGCAAUUCACCUACGACUGAUCUCUCCAUUCAGAAGUGUGCAGUCUUAAUGUACAGUGAUGAGAAACUGUUAUUUUAUGAUCUUUUGAUUAAAAGCUUGAUUGAAAACUA